AUGUCCACUUAUCCUCCCAGGACUCCACCUGCAGAGCAGUACGUGCAGGGUUUAAUCCAUUUUGUCCCUGAGGUGAGCAGAGGAGGAUAUGCCGCCGCUCAUUACUAUCAGCCAGGGUGGCCUGUUAAAAGCCCAAGAAACGAAUCUCCACCUUCAGGCAUGGAAAGGAGUUUCUCAGACAAGACAGUGCGUCGUCGCUUCAUGGUCAAGGUGUACUCGAUGCUCAGCCUGCAGCUGAUCGUACUGUUUGGCAGCUGCCUGGCCGUCAGGACGGUGCCGCACGUCGAGGAGUUCGUCAGAGCACACCCUGAGCUGAUUUUGAUCGGCUUUGUCUUACAGUUCACCCUGCUGCUGCUGAUGUGCUGCAACCCAAACAUGCUCCGCUCUCAUCCUUUGAACCUUUUCAUCCUGACCAUUUUCACACUGAGUAACACGCUUUCCAUCAGCGCAGUGUGCGUCAUAUUCAGAACGGACACUCUGUUGUACACAAUCGGAGCCACCCUAAUGGUUUUCAUGGUGCUAACGCUUUUCGCAGCGCAGACCUGCAUUGACUUCACCGUGUGCGGAGGAAUAAUGCUGACUCUUACCUUCCUGCUAUUGUUGCUCGGCCUAAUAGCCAUAUAUGUCCAUCAGGACACCCUCUUGUUGGUUUACCACGGUAUCGGCGCCUUUCUAUUCUGCGCCUACAUCGUCUACGACACGCAGAUGAUCAUGGGCGGACGCAGGUACGCCCUUUCUCCCGAGGACUACAUCAUGGCUACAAUUAUGCUCUACAUGGACGUUGUCAAUGUUUUUCUCAACAUGCUUGGCAUUAUCAACUACAACGGAUAAUCUCCAUCGAAACCUAUAUAUUAU